GGAAUUAUUCGAAAUGGGACGAAACAUGCCGCCCCUACCGUACGAUUUCAAAGACCACGUCGAGAUAAACGUUAAUUUUAUGUAUUUUUUCGGAAUCAUGCGACCCAAAUUGGACACUAAACUGGAAAAUUUCCUUCACAAUGUCAGAGUGGCCGUUCUAUCGGGUUUCAUGUUCGGCGGCAUCAUGUCGGCGGAACUGGCGAACCUCUACUACAGCUUCGGCGAUUUGGAGCAGCUGAUGCGCGCCCUCUUUCUCACCCUCAGCAAUCUCGUGUCGAUCGCCAAAUUCCACGCCGUGUGGCGCAACCAGCGCCGCAUCCUCGACUUGAUCGACGCCAUGAACGUCGCGGCGCUGCGACCGCGCUCCGGGCGCCAACUCGCCGCCCUCGGGCGCUACGCCCGCUUGGGCAAGGCGCUGACGCUGGGAUGCGCGGGCGCCGUGACGGCGACGUGCGCCUUUUGGGCCGUCUAUCCCUUCACCGACGACGACGGGCCCUUUUUGCCCAUACCGGCCUACGUGCCGUUCGACGUUCGGAAUUCGACGUUUCGAUUCGCCCUCGUAUAUUCGUUCGAAAUCGUCGCGACGGCCGUCGGGGGGCAGAUGGAUUUGGCGGCAGAUUGUCUCAUGGCAGUGUUAUUAAUGACGUUUUGCGCUCAAUUGAACGUCCUGAACGAUUCGCUGGUGAAUUUGCAACCGAUGGAAACGAACCGAACAAAGAGUUUGGUAAAGAACAUGAACGAAAAAUUGGUACAUUGCAUCAGACAACAUCGCCUCAUAAUCGAAUUCACCGAGACCUGGUCGGGAAUGUUCACGUACGCCAUCUUCAGCCAGUUCGUCGUCAGCGUCUUCGUAAUUUGCGCGACGUUCUUCGAAAUGACGCAGGUGCCCGCUUCGAGCAUUCGGUUCUUUUCGAUGGCCUUGUAUCAAAUGUGCAUGUUUCUCGAAAUUUAUCCCAUUUGUUAUUACGGCAACGAGGUUAUUAAAGAGAGCGACAAAUUGACCGAUUCCGCGUACCAUUGCGAUUGGUCCGAGUGCCCUUUGGAAUUCCAGAAGAAUUUGGUGUUUUUCAUGACGAGAUCGCAACGCCCUAUAAAAUUAUACGCCGGGAAUUUCUUCGCUUUGUCGCUGGAAACUUUCAUCAAAAUAUUGAAAUCCUCUUGGUCGUUCGUAGCCGUUUUGAUACAAGUAAACAACGAUAAAAUCGAUUAAAAAAAUCCAUCAAAAAUUCG